AUGGCUCGACGGAACGAUCCCGCGUGGUUCCUCUUCGGGGCAAUGGUGAUGCUGCUGUUUGCGGCAGCGGCCGCCGCCGCCGCCGCAGCACAGGGCUGCGCGCCCGCCAACUUCCAGCCUGGACAGUCGUUCCAGCGGUGCACCGACCUGCCCGUGCUUGGCGCCAGCCUGUACUGGACGUACCACCCGACGAACGGCACCGCCGACCUUGCGUUCCGGGCGCCGCAGAGCUCCAGCGGCUGGGUCGCCUGGGGCAUCAACACCGAGCGCCCCAGCAGCAUGGCCGGCAGCAGCGUGUUCAUCGCCUCGCUGGACGGCAACGGCGGCGCGGUGUCCGUCCUGAUGACCUACCUGGAGACCACGUCCCCCACCCUGACCAACGGGACCCUCAAGCUCGACGUGCCCGUCGCGCCCGUCGCCGAGUACACGGCCGGCGCGUACACCAUCUACGUGACGGUGGCUCUCCCGGGGAACUCCACACAGCAGAACACGGUGUGGCAGGCGGGCGCGCUCAGCGGUGGGCAAAUAGCGCCGCACCCGAUGUCCGGGCCAAAUAUGCAGAGCACCAUGGUGCUGGACUUCUUGUCCGGCGGUGGCGGCACAAGCACAGGGGCACCCAGCUUCGAGGUGCACCGUCGUAACUUGAGGAGUUUUUGGGGAUUAAAGAGAAGCCCGCCGGUGAUGAAAGGCUAUCACAUGCGACCGUGA